GCACCGCUCGCUGGCCCGCUCGACGCGCGCCCUGCGCCCCGUCGCCUCGUCCUCGUCGUCGUCCCCCGCACCGGCCGCCACCCUCGCGCUCCACCUCGCCCAGCGCCGUGCCCUCGCGACUGCCACGGGCAAGACCGAGGCCCAGGUCCAGCCUCGCGCCAAGCCUGCUCCGACCUUCAACCAGGUGCCGCCGUCGCAGUCGGGCGCGUCGCCGCUCGCGAGGCGGCCCAAGAACGCCGACGAGCUCGACGAGUCGUUCAUCGGCCUGUCCGGCGGCCAGAUCUUCCACGAGAUGAUGCUCCGCCACAAGGUCGAGAAGGUGUUUGGGUACCCGGGCGGCGCCAUCCUCCCCGUGUUCGACGCCAUCUACAACUCGCCCCACUUCGACUUUGUCCUCCCGCGCCACGAGCAGGGCGCCGGCCACAUGGCCGAGGGCUACGCCCGCGUGUCGGGCAAGCCGGGCGUCGUCCUCGUCACGUCGGGCCCGGGCGCGACCAACGUCAUCACGCCGCUCCAGGACGCCCUGUCGGACGGCACCCCGCUCGUCGUCUUCUGCGGCCAGGUCGCGACGAGUGCCAUUGGCUCGGACGCGUUCCAGGAGGCCGACGUCGUCGGCAUCUCGCGCUCGUGCACCAAGUGGAACGUCAUGGUCAAGGACAUUGCCGAGCUCCCGCGCCGCAUCAACGAGGCGUUCCGCAUCGCCACGACCGGCCGCCCGGGCCCGGUCCUCGUCGACCUGCCCAAGGACGUCACGGCCGCCAUCCUCCGCCAGGCCAUCCCGCACCGCUACACGCACCCGGAGCUCGCCGACGCCACCAUCCCCGGCCGCUCGCACUCGCACACGGCCACCUCGGCGCUCGGCGGCGAGGCGACCCCGAUCUCGGACGCGCUCCUCAACAAGGCGGCGCACAUGAUUGCCAACGCCAAGCGGCCCGUCAUCUACGCCGGCCAGGGCAUGCUGUCGACGUCCGAGGGCCCCGAGCUCCUCAAGCGCCUCGCCAAGGAGGGCAACAUCCCCGUCACGACGACCCUCAUGGGCCUCGGCGCGUACGACGAGCUCGACGAGACGCACUCGCUCCACAUGCUCGGCAUGCACGGCUCGGCGUACGCCAACUUGGCCAUGCAGUCGGCCGACGUCAUCAUCGCGCUCGGCGCGCGCUUUGACGACCGCGUCACGGGCCGCCUCGACAUGUUCGCCCCGGCGGCCAAGGCGGCGGCGCUCCAGGGUCGCGGCGGCAUCAUCCACUUCGAGGUGCAGCCCAAGAACAUCAACAAGGUCGUCAACGCCAACGUCGCCAUCACGGGCGACGUCCUCGACUCGGUCCGCGCCCUCCUGCCGCUCCUCCCGUCCGAGGCCCAGCCUCGCGACGAGUGGUUCGCCAAGAUCAAGCAGUGGAAGGCCGACUACCCGUUCACCUACGUCCCGUCCGACCCCUCAAGGCGAGCUCAUGAAGCCCCAGGAGACCUGUUCUACGAGAAGCGCUACUCGCACACGGCCAUGACCAACCCCGACUUUGUCGCGCUCGCCAAGGCCAUGGGCGUCCACGCCAUCCGGUGCGACAGCGUCGACGAGCUCCCGGCCAAGAUGAAGGAGUUCAUGGAGUACGACAACCAGAAGCCGGUCCUCUUCGAGGCGCGCGUCGUCAAGUCGGAGCACGUCUUCCCGAUGAUCCCGGCCGGCAAGGCGCUGCACCAGCUCAUGCUCCACCCCUCGCUCAAGCCCGUCGACGCCGACUUUGCCAAGUGAGCGACGUCGCCCUGGCCUGCCUUUCCUACCCGUCCGCCUCGAGGCUGUCCCCCCUCUGCAUCACGACCCUCGCGCCCUCCCUCACUCGGUUCCCCUCUCGCUGUCACGUCCCCUUUUUUAUCCCUGCUGUUUAGCCCUCGUGCGCCACCCACUGUGUACUCCCUCCCUUGUGCAACGUACUCGAAAACGGCCUUGCUCGAGCCGAAUCUCG